AAAAAAAUCUAACAAAAAAUGCUCCCUACCCAGCCAGGCUGCAAUCCCUGAACCUAAGAUUUUACAAGAGCAUGCAAACUACGCAGCCAUGAUUGCUGUGUAGACUGGAGACAGGGGAGCUUGCAUGUACGUGUGUGCGGGUGCCUGUGUGCAUGCGAGAGAGAGAGAGAGAGAGAGAGCGAGCGCGAGCGAGCGAGAGAGAGUACGUGUAGAUGGGAAUGUGCCACCCUCCAGCCCCUGAGCCCGAGCGAGCUCCGGCUCUGCUGAUUGUCUCCUAGCAGUAACAAUGUGGGUUUACGCCGGGGGUCCCGGACCCUUGUCUCCGCCCGUGGAAACCGUGUGAAAGGCAGGUUGCAAAAAAGAAAAAGGAAAGAAAGAAAGAAAAAACCAGGGGGGAAGAAAGGAGGUCAGAGGAGGAGGAGUGUCUGCCGGAGGAGGGGGGGUGGGGAAAAGGAAACCCUCAUGGAAGUAUGAAGGAGAUGGUGGGAGGCUGCUGUGUCUGUUCUGAUGAGAGGGGCUGGGCGGAGAACCCGCUGGUGUACUGCGAUGGACACGGGUGUAACGUGGCCGUGCAUCAAGCUUGCUAUGGAAUUGUCCAGGUUCCUACUGGACCCUGGUUCUGUCGAAAAUGUGAAUCACAAGAGAGAGCCGCCCGGGUGAGAUGUGAGCUGUGUCCUCACAAAGAUGGAGCCCUAAAACGGACUGACAAUGGAGGCUGGGCCCAUGUCGUCUGUGCUUUGUACAUCCCUGAGGUGCAGUUUGCCAAUGUGCUGACCAUGGAGCCAAUUGUCCUGCAGUACGUGCCCCAUGACCGCUUCAACAAGACCUGCUAUAUCUGUGAAGAGCAGGGCAGGGAGAGCAAAGCAGCCUCUGGGGCCUGCAUGACCUGCAAUCGACAUGGCUGCCGGCAAGCCUUCCACGUCACCUGUGCCCAGAUGGCUGGCCUCUUGUGUGAAGAGGAAGUCCUGGAGGUUGACAAUGUCAAAUAUUGUGGCUACUGCAAGUAUCACUUCAAUAAAAUGAAGACAUCACGUCACUCCGGAGGUAGCUCCUUCAUUGCUGGGAGAAGGAGCCAGUCUGCAUCGCCCACUCAGGAGAAGCAUGUGUCCCACCAUGAGAGGCCAAAGAAGAGUCGGAAGGACAAGGAAAGACCUAAACAGAAGCACAAAAAGCGGCCAGAAUCUCCCACCAGCCUCACCCCCUCUUCUGUGCCCGUCACUGCUGAGAAGAGCUCCACCAGCCACCAUGAGGGUAAUAAGGAGAGCUCUGAGGGCAGCAGAUCAGAGGUGAAAGGCAAGAAAUCCUCAAGCCAUGGCACCAGCCACAAGGGGAAGAAGACGGGAAGCGGAAAAAGCUCAACUGGCUUCAGCUCGGCCACCUCCAGCGGGACGUUCCAGCCUGCAGGCACUUCAUGCAGCUCUUUGCAGUGCUCCCAGGACUUUGUGACAUUCCCUAAGCUAGAGCAGGAGGAGGAAAAGUACCGGAAGCCUGUCUCCUCCUCCUCCUCUUCCCACUGCUCCCCACUCUAUGAAGGGCAGAAGGGGGACGUCUUCGAGCAGAAGGUGAUCUUCUCUGGCUUUGGCUCCAUCAUGCGUUUCUCCACCUCAGCUGUGAGCCAGCAGAGGGGCCGGGACACCUCCCCUGUGGACUACAAGGCCUCGAAUCCAGUCAGUGGCCCCUCAGGAGGUGGCGGCAGCAGUGGCAAUGGUGGCGGCAGCAGCCACAAGCGCAUGCCGUCCCUCAGCAUCGAGGAUGGGGAGGUGCUGAAGGAGAAGAAGCACAAGGCCAGCAAGAAAAACAAGCAUGGGCCUGGUCGGCCAAAAGGCGGCAAGAGCAAGGAGGUCCUGGGGGCCCAGCUGGCUGGGUCCACUGCUACCUCUGCCUCCCCCUUCUCUGGGGGCUCCCUGGUCAGCACCAGCAUUGGCAACUCAUCCCGCUCCUUCAGCCACACGGGGAGCCUGCCCAGUCUUAGCCUGGAGUCCCCGCUGCUGGGUUCAGGGAUCUACACCAGUAACAAGGACCCCAUUUCUCAUGGGGGUGGGGUGCUCCGAGCUGUAUGCAGCACCCCACUCUCCUCCAGCCUCCUGGCACACCAAGGCACCUCAUCUCUCCCACAGCUCAACCGCUCUCCCUUUGCCAGUACCAUCCCGGCCUCCUCCUCUUCCUCUGUCUCCACCACCCAGGUGUUCUCUUUGGCAGGAUCCACUUUCAGCCUCCCCUCCUCGCACAUUUUUGGCAGCCCCCUCACCUCAGGGCUAUCUAUCAACCCUCUCCUGAACCAGUCUGAAAGCAGCCGGGCAGAACCUGAUCUGGAAGACUGCAGUUUUGGCUGUCGAGGGACCUCCCCACAGGAAAGCCUCUCCUCUAUGUCCCCUAUCAGCAGCCUCCCUACCCUCUUCGACCAGACCGUGUCCUGCAGCAGCAGCGGGCAGCUGGAGAAUGUGCCCCAGGCCACCCCCAACAUUGAGCAGCUCCUGGAGAAGCAAGGCAAUGGCGAAGCGGGUGUAAACAGUGAGCCACUUGUGGAAAUGCUCAAGGCUCUGCACUCCUUGCAGAAAGAGAACCAGCGGUUGCAGGAGCAGAUCAUGACCUUGACAGCCAAGAAGGAGCGCCUGCAGCUCCUCAAUGUCCAGCUGUCUGUCCCCUUCCCAGUGGUGACCAGCAGCAAUGGCCCAGCCAGCCAGGCCCAGUACAUCUUGCCUCCCACUGUGUGCACCAAUGACUCCCUGAGCAUCAGCAAGAGCCCUCCCUGUAAGAACAGCUUUGGGAUUGAAAACUCUCUCUCCACCUCCUCCGAGGAUCCACACUCAGGCUGCCCCAGCAGAAGCAGCUCCUCCCUCUCCUUCCACAGCACCCCUCCUCCCCUGCCUUUGCUGCAGCAGAGCCCUGCCACACUGCCCCUCUCGGGGGUGCAGCAGCAACAGCAAGUCAACGGCUUGGCCAGGGUGACAGGAAACACACUGGCAGGAGGUGCAGCAGGCAGUCACAGCCUACCCUCUGUGCCAAUGGUGGACAGCCUGAUGGGAAGCCUGGCAGGAGGCCAGCAGAUGCCCAUCAACGGGAUCCUGGGGAAUCUCAAUGGUGCUACAGCUGCCCAGCAGCAGAACCCCCUGACACAGACCAGUGGGCCACCUACCUUGCAGCUCUCCACCAACUUGAGCAGCAUACCAGGCCUCAGCCCCCUGACGGAGCAGCAGCGACACGCUUUGCACCAACAUGAGCAGCAACUCCAGCAGCUCCAGCAGCUCCUGACGUCCCAGCUACUCAGUCCAGAGCAGCAGGCCUUAGUGUUCCAGAUGAUCCAGCAAAUCCAGCAGAAGAGGGACCUGCAGCGGCUACAGAUGACAGGCACCUCUCAACUGCCCAUGACCAGUCUCCUAACAGCCACCUCCACACCCCUCCUCCACUCAAAUGCCAAUGCCCUGAUGACCUCUGCCACCCAGCCCGCACCCAGCAGCAGCUCCCUCAUGGCUUCCAUCUCUCCCCAGCAGCUCAACCCUGGCAACAGCCUGAUGGCUACUCCAGCAGCCCCACCCCUUAGCGCUCCUGGGAACAGCCUGGUGGCUUCAGGGGCAGGUGUUCCACCAGUCCUUACAGCACAAAGCAACCCCUUCCUCAACCUCCAGGCUGACAGCAAUGCCCAGAAAGGAACGAGCAUGAAUGAAAAGGUUGCUCCUCUCACCCAGGACAAGGGCUAAGCCCCAGGCCUGCCUAGACCAGCAGCCAGCUCCUCGGUGACUGGAACGCGGCUUUCCACGGUCACAGAUCUUGAUACUUUAGAGCAAUGAGCACAAGGCUUCUGAGAAGCAUUUCCUGCCAGCAAGUAAUGCCAGGCGGUGCGUUUGGAAGACAAGUGUGUUUCUGAUUGAGGCCUGGCAUUCAGUGCCCUUCUAAGAAGGGAGGAGGGGCAGGGAGAUUCCUGCUGACUUGGUCCGGGCCACACUUGCUCAAAGCAAAGCUAUAUCUGUCUCCACACAAAGUGGAGGAGAGAGUUCGUGUGAGCUCAGACACCUGCCAGCCUCUUCUUCAGAGGGCACGUGCAUGUGUGGAUCCUCCAGGUCAGGCAGUAAACCAAGAUCGCAACCCAUCCUCAGCCAAGAUCAUGGAUGAAGGGGUAUCUCUGCCAAGGUGUCCCUUUCAUGUGGGACUUGGUGGGAGUGGUUGGCUCAUGGGUUCUCUCCUACCAAGCAGGGAGGUUAAGAGGAUCGUAGCUGAGGAAACCCUGAAACAAGACUGAUGACUGGGACUUCCCACAGGACUUUGACUGCGCAGGUCCCUAAGAUGUUCCGUCCUCUGUAACCAUCACAUACAGCCGUUCUCUGCCCCCCUACCAGAUCUGGAUUCAGCCUAGAAAGACAUGGAUGAGGGGUCUGUGGAAAGAGACUGGCUGCAAGUGUUGAAUGCCACUUUCCUCUGCCCUACACUGUUCGGGGUCUCCUUUCCAAAGGCUAAACUGAAAGAUGUCACCAUGCCUGCUAUGCCAACUGUAGGGCGGCUCUCCGUAGGUCAGCUCAGCGCUUUACUUUCCCAUGUGAGAAGCACACUCCUGCCUCUCAUGUUGCCCCUUGUUCUCUCUUUCCAAGCUCAACAGGCACAGCCUGCAAAGGGGUUGAGGCCAUUCUGGUGCUCUGCACAGCCAACUUCAGGAAGUGUGUUCUACCCAGGCUGUUUGCUUACAGGCCUUCUCUGGAAAGUGACCCCAAGCAUGUGUUGGGUGGAAAGGAUAGUCUGAAAUCUGGUACCUGAUCUUUCUUACUCAUCUCUAAAGUAGUUCCACUCUGGCAAAGACUGGUCUCCUGCACUGUGAGCACCAUCCAGUGCUUGGAAAACCCUAAAAGAGCACUAGUCUUCCCAGCCUGGAACAUCCUUGCUUUUACACUUUUUGAUUUUAACUCCACCCUGGGACCUGGAGCUUUAGCAGAGAAACCUGCUUCCUCAGAGAUUGUACGCCACAGAUUUUUGAAGGACAGGUGGGGAAGCUGAGCAGAGGGGGAGAUCAGCAUCAAACAUAUGAGUUACCCCUCCCCUAUCCCUGGUUACAUCCAUGUUGCUCAGGGGUGGAGUCAGGACUCCAGCUAACAGAAACACUAAGGAUCUUAAUGAAAAAGUCAUCAGACCUUACUGGAUACAAGUCAUUUUCAGCAUAUCCCCACUGCCUCUAUCUAGUUUGCACUAUUCAAAUUUAUCGGCAGUGGGUCUGUGCUGAUACCACUGGAAAAGUUCAUCACGGUUCAUCUAUUAAAUACAUUUCUUGUUUCUUUCUGUUUUUAAAUGAAAGAUCAUGGCCAUGGUGGUUGUAUAGGACAAAAAGGAGAGAAUGCCUUCCUGGGCCUUGGCUUCCAGGUCUGUGAGCUGGACAGGACAAUGCUGUCUGCUCACAACUUUUUUUGAAACAAAUUUUAAAAGCUAUUCCUCAGCAACACCACAAGCACUAGUGGCAAGGUGGAGAUGGCAGCUAUAAAAAUGAGAAUGCAGAAAAAAAGUUUCCCUCCCUUCCUGGCUAUCUCUGCAGUGGGGACAUGGAGAGGAGCAGCUGGAAAAUGUGAUUAUUACUAACGUUCCCUCUCCGCAGCCAGCUGCUGAGUUAAGAACUGAGAUGUGCUAAACUUCCAUCAACCUGGUGCAUUUAAAAUUAUAGGUGUUGAAUUCGAGUUCGAAAGGGCCUGGUUUUAUUUUUCCUGUCCCCCUUACUCCUGAAAAUGUUCUUGUACAAUUUUGUGUCGCACCUUUUUUUUAAUCUAAAACAUUUUCUCUUCCCCUCUGCAACUCAAGGGCAUAAUCCCUACAUCUUCCUUAACCCCAUGGAACUCCUGGUAACAAAGGGUGCUAUGCUUCCAUCUGUAAAUCAGGUAGUUUGACACUGACCCAGCUUGUGAGCACAUGUCAUGUGUGCAAAGCUGCAUGAGCAGAAUUGCAAUUGCAGAUGCUGCUGUGCUAGAUUCUGCCCCAAAAUAUGCUGCCAGCUGCUUGCUGCCCUGGGCUUUUUGUUUGUUUGUUUUUUACCAUAGGGUCCCAGAUUCAAGUUCUCACUUCCUCCCUUGUUAGGGCAACAAUCCCCAUUAAAAUCCCUGAAAAAAUUAUCUUAAACAGUCACAGCCUCAUAUCGUGCCUGGAGCCGGUCCCAACAUUUUGGGUUUUAAUUAAAUUUCAGACUUUGAAAUGGCAGGAAAUAGGCUGGUGAAGGA